UGUUUGAUGAGAUGCCUGAAAAGAACAUAGCUUCGUGGAAUGCCAUGAUUGAUGGGCAUGCAAAAUUAGGCAAUACUAAGUCUGCUGAAUUUUUGUUUAACCAAAUGCUUGCAAGGAAUGUUAUUUCGUGGACAACCAUGAUGAAUUGCUAUUCUCGAGACAAAAGAUAUAUGGAUGUGGUAAGACUUUUUCAUGAUAUGAUCGACAAAGGAAUUAUUCCUGAUGAAGUGACCAUGAGCACUGUCAUUUCAGCCUGUGCUCAUCUAGGAUCCCUUGACAUAGGAAAGGAGGUGUACCUUUAUUUGAUGCUGCAUGAAUUUGAUCUAGAUGUGUACAUUGGGUCCUCGCUGAUUGAUAUGUAUGCAAAAUGUGGGAGCAUAGAUAGGUCCCUUUUGGUGUUCUAUAAAUUGAAGAACAAAAACCUGUUUUGUUGGAAUUCUAUCAUUGAUGGACUUGCAACACACGGCUAUGCGAAAGAAGCACUAAGAAUGUUUGAUGGAAUGGAGAGGAAGAGAAUCCAACCAAAUGCAGUUACAUUCAUUAGUAUCCUAAGUGCUUGCACACAUGUAGGAUUUGUAGAAGAGGGUCGUUGCAGGUUUAUGAGCAUGAUCCAGGACUACUGUAUCACUCCUCAAGUUGAGCACUAUGGAUGCAUGGUUGACCUAUUGAGCAAGGCUGGUUUGCUAAAGGAUGCUUUAGAGAUGGUCAGAAACAUGACAAUUGAACCUAAUUCUUUUGUUUGGGGUGCCUUGUUGAAUGGUUGUAAGCUACACAAAAACUUGGAUAUAGCUCAUAUUGCCGUUCAGAGUCUGAUGGUUUUAGAGCCAGGUAACAGUGGACAUUACAGUCUCCUUUUGAGCAUGUAUGCUGAAGUAAAUAGGUGGAGUGAGGUAGCAAAGAUUCGGACAGCCAUGAAAGAUCUGGGUGUAGAGAAGAGAUCUCCUGGAGCUAGCUGGGUUGAAAUCAAUAAGAGAGUUCAUGUAUUUGCAGCUUCUGAUACAUACCACCCUUCUUAUAGUCAGAUAUCUAUCAUCAAUCUAGAGUGCUUGUUCACAAUUUGAUCUCCAAGUGGUAAGCAUAAUCUUCUAUCCCGUCCACUUCAAUGAGUUGCGCUACCUGAAGCCUUUCUU